AUGUGGCUGCAGCUUGGCCUGCCCUGGCUGUCCCUGAGCCCCAAGCCCACAGUUGGCCGGAGCCUGUGCCUCACCCUGUGGUUCCUUGGCUUGGUGCUGAGGGCUAGUACACAGGCCCCAGCGCCCACAGUCAAUACUCGCUUUGGAAAGCUAAGGGGUGCCCGGGUACCACUGCCCAGUGAGAUCCUGGGGCCUGUGGACCAGUACCUGGGGGUGCCCUACGCAGCUCCUCCGAUCGGCGAGAAACGGUUCCUGCCCCCUGAACCACCUCCAUCUUGGUCGGGCAUCCGGAACGCCACACACUUCCCCCCAGUGUGCCCCCAGAACAUUCACACAGCUGUGCCCGAAGUCAUGCUGCCUGUCUGGUUCACUGCCAACUUGGAUAUCGUCGCCACUUACAUCCAAGAGCCCAAUGAAGAUUGCCUCUACCUGAAUGUCUAUGUGCCCACGGAGGAUGGAUCCGGCGCUAAGAAACAGGGCGAGGACUUAGCGGAUAAUGACGGGGAUGAAGAUGAAGACAUCCGGGACAGUGGUGCUAAGCCCGUCAUGGUCUACAUCCAUGGAGGCUCUUACAUGGAAGGGACAGGCAACAUGAUUGAUGGCAGCGUCCUCGCCAGUUAUGGCAACGUCAUCGUCAUCACCCUCAACUAUCGGGUUGGGGUGCUAGGUUUCCUGAGCACUGGAGAUCAGGCUGCCAAGGGCAACUAUGGGCUCCUUGACCAAAUUCAGGCGCUCCGCUGGGUGAGUGAGAACAUUGCCUUCUUCGGUGGCGAUCCCCGUCGUAUCACAGUCUUUGGCUCAGGCAUCGGUGCAUCCUGUGUCAGCCUCCUCACGUUGUCACAUCAUUCUGAGGGGCUUUUUCAGAGGGCCAUCAUCCAAAGUGGUUCUGCUCUAUCCAGCUGGGCUGUGAACUACCAACCAGUAAAGUAUACCAGCCUCCUGGCAGACAAAGUGGGCUGUAAUGUGCUAGACACAGUGGAUAUGGUGGACUGUCUUCGGCAAAAGAGUGCCAAGGAGCUAGUAGAACAGGACAUCCAGCCAGCCCGCUACCAUGUGGCCUUUGGCCCUGUGAUUGAUGGUGAUGUCAUUCCUGAUGACCCUGAGAUUCUCAUGGAACAGGGUGAGUUCCUCAAUUAUGACAUCAUGUUAGGUGUCAACCAGGGCGAGGGGCUCAAGUUUGUGGAAGGGGUGGUGGACCCUGAGGAUGGUGUCUCUGGCACUGACUUUGACUACUCCGUCUCCAACUUUGUGGACAAUCUAUAUGGAUAUCCUGAGGGUAAGGAUACCCUGCGGGAGACCAUCAAGUUUAUGUACACAGACUGGGCAGACCGUGACAACCCUGAGACCCGCCGUAAAACACUGGUGGCACUCUUCACUGACCACCAGUGGGUGGAGCCCUCAGUGGUGACAGCUGAUCUGCACGCCCGCUAUGGUUCACCUACCUACUUCUACGCCUUCUACCAUCACUGCCAGAGCCUCAUGAAGCCUGCUUGGUCAGAUGCAGCUCAUGGGGACGAAGUACCCUAUGUUUUCGGUGUCCCUAUGGUGGGCCCCACUGACCUCUUCCCCUGCAAUUUCUCCAAGAAUGACGUUAUGCUCAGUGCUGUUGUCAUGACCUACUGGACCAACUUUGCCAAGACCGGGGAUCCCAACAAGCCGGUCCCCCAGGACACCAAGUUUAUUCACACCAAGGCCAACCGCUUUGAGGAAGUGGCCUGGUCCAAAUACAAUCCCCGAGACCAGCUUUACCUUCACAUCGGGCUGAAGCCGAGGGUUCGAGAUCAUUACCGGGCCACUAAGGUGGCUUUUUGGAAACACCUGGUGCCCCACCUAUACAACCUGCAUGAUAUGUUCCACUAUACGUCCACAACCACCAAAGUGCCACCCUUGGAUACCACCCACAGCUCCCACAUCACCCGAAGGCCCAACGGUAAGACCUGGAGCACCAAGCGGCCAGCCAUCUCCCCUGCCUAUAGCAAUGAGAAUGCCCAAGGGUCCUGGAAUGGGGAUCAGAAUGCAGGGCCACUCUUGGUGGAGAACCCUCGUGACUACUCCACUGAAUUAAGUGUCACCAUCGCUGUGGGGGCCUCCCUUCUGUUCCUUAAUGUUCUGGCCUUCGCUGCCCUCUACUACCGUAAGGACAAACGACGUCAGGAACCCCUGCGGCAGCCUAGCCCUCAGAGGGGAGCUGGGGCUGCUGAAUUGGGAGCUGCUCCUGAAGAGGAGCUGGCAGCAUUACAGCUGGGCCCCACCCACCAUGAGUGUGAGGCCGGUCCCCCACAUGACACACUGCGCCUCACUGCGCUGCCCGACUACACUCUGACCCUGCGGCGCUCCCCUGAUGACAUCCCACUCAUGACCCCCAACACCAUCACUAUGAUUCCCAACUCCCUGGUAGGGCUGCAGACAUUGCACCCCUAUAACACCUUUGCCGCAGGGUUCAACAGUACUGGGCUGCCCCACUCACACUCCACUACCCGGGUAUAG